AUUGUCACUUGUAGCUUAGCUGCUAACCAAGUGUAUUGUUAGCUCUCUUAUACGUAUCUCGCUGCUUCUUGUCUAGAAGCUGUGCAACAAAGUUCGUCUCUCCGCCGCUUCCUUUCUGUAUUAGCAUUUGUUGUCUAUUCAUUGGAAUCAUCCGGAAUCGUCUCCGACACAAAGAUUUCAAGUGUUUGUUUUACGUCGCAUCAACUCGGCUGUGAAAUGAACGACGCAAGUGCUGGAGAUGGCGUUGAAUACGGAGUUCUCGUCCGCAACGCCAUCAAAACCUAUGGCGUUGGAAGUCGUAAAUCCAUCAUCCUCGAAAAUCUGAACAUGACCGUCAAAAAAGGAUCAAUAUACGGAUUAUUGGGAGCCAGUGGUUGCGGCAAGACGACUCUGUUAAGCUGUCUUGUCGGCCGUCGUAGCUUGAACAGCGGAGACGUACAGGUCUUGGGUCACGAGCCCGGCUCUCCGGAGAGCGGAAUUCCGGGCCCACGGAUCGGAUACAUGCCGCAAGAACUGGCCCUGUACGGUCAUUUCACCAUCAGGGAAACUCUUAUCUACUUUGGGCGAAUCUACAAUCUGAGGACAGAGUUUGUCCACUCUCAAGUGGAAUUUUUGUCCAAGUUGUUGGAUCUGCCAGCCAGCGAUCGUUACGUCGGCACACUCAGCGGAGGUCAGCAAAGACGCAUGUCUUUUGCUGUCGCUCUCUUCCACGAACCUGAAUUGUUGAUCUUGGACGAACCCACCGUUGGCGUUGACCCAGUGCUCAGACACAGCAUUUGGGAACAUUUGAUUCGGCAGAGUGUCGAACACGGAAGAACGGUUAUUGUCACCACUCAUUACAUCGAAGAAGCCCGACAGGCCAACACGAUUGGAAUGAUGCGAUCUGGACGUUUGCUAACGGAAGAAUCGCCCGAAAAUCUGUUGAGAGAUUACAAUUUACCUUCACUGGAGAAUGUCUUCCUCAAACUUUGCAUGAAGGAUGAAGGUAAAAACGGAAUCCAGCAACAACCACCAGCGCUAGGCCACGACAACAUGGCCUUUGACCAGAGUGCAAGUCAAUCGGACGUCUCUGAAGUGGGCAUCGAUGGUCUCUACACCAGGAAUGACCAGCGAUCUCCCACAUCGCCGGCUGAUUUCUCCGUGAUCACACAAUUCGAUUCCGCGAUGAAUAACAAUAACGAAACACCGGCCAAAGUGUCCAGCAGUCCUGCGAUCAAUUUCGUGGCUAGCAAGCGAUCCCGUAAUCCCUUUAGAAUGACCUUGCCAUCUCGACAUCGCCUCUCUGCUCUUAUUCUAAAGAAUUACUUGUUGAUUUUUAGAAAUCUUGGGAUUUUAGGGUUCCUCUACUUCCUCCCUGCUUUCCAGGCGGCCGUUUUUAAUGUGACACUCGGACACGAACCGUUUGGACUGAGGAUGGGCAUUGUUAACGACGAGCUGAAUCCUAGCGAGGGCCGUGUUUGCAAUUACACAACAGAGUGCACCUAUUCCAUGCUCAGCUGUCGCUACCUUCGAUUCUUGAAAGACAACAUCAUUCAGAUUCCAUUUGAUAAUUAUUCAGAAGCUCUCGAAGCAGGAAAAAGAAAUGAUGUUUGGGGAGUGAUACACUUUGGACAUAAUUUUACAGAAGAAUUUGAAAUUCGGCGGGAGAGCGGAGAUUCGGCAACUUAUGACACUAUUCUUCGCAGUCAAAUUAAUGUCAGGAUGGAUUCCACCAAUCAACAAAUUGAUGUUUUCAUUGAAAAGUGGCUCAUCGAAGGCUUUGGAGACUUUUUCAGAGAUUUAAUGAAAUCUUGUGGACACGAACCAGAUGCUAGUAAUUUUCCUUUAGAGUUUAUGGAUCCUGUCUAUGGUCAAAAAGAUACGCCGUACACUGAAUUCAUGGCGCCUGGCCUCAUUAUCUCAAUUAUUUAUUUCAUGGCCGUCUCACUAACUGCUGGAGCCUUUGUCGCUGAAAGGAAACAAGGUCUUCUAGAUCGCAGUUUAGUGGCAGGCGUGCAAAUGAUUGAAAUUCUAAUGGGGUAUCUGGUCAACCAGCUGUCCGUUAUGGUUGGCCAGAUAGCGCUGGUUUUCAUAAUCAUGUUAUGGUUCUUCGCCGUCCCUUGCCACGGCAGUAUGGUUUUAGCUAUAUUAAUUACAUUUCUUCAAGGUCUUGUCGGAAUGUGUUUCGGUCUGCUGAUUGCCACAGUCUGCGAAAAUGAAAUCAGCGCUCUGUCACUUUCCAUGGCCAGUUUUCUCCCGUUGGUCGUUACCAGUGGCAUUGCUUGGCCAAUUGAAGGGAUGUCUUUUUAUCUCCGAGCAAUUUCUUAUAGCAUGCCGAUGACGUACUCCGUCGAAUCAUUGCGAUGCAUUUUUUCAAAAGGAUGGGGCCUCAGUGAAGUCGAUGUUUAUGCAGGAUUUGCAAUCAGCAUUAUCUGGAUUUUGGGCUUGUUGAUUGGUUGUCUAAUUGUCGUACGUUUUCGCAAGUAUUCCAGUUAAGGGAAAUUCUGAACUGUUUAGAAGAAAAAAAAAUGAUUCUGAUUUGGAAUCGAUUAGAUUGUAUACCGCCAUUCACAGAGUUUUAAGAAUGUUCGUAUUAGUAUAGCAGUAGCAUGUACGAGUUGAUUGAUCUUUUAUUUUCCAUGACUUUCUACAUUUAUCAUCGCUGAAUAUGUGCCAUUGUUUUUGUUGAGUUCAUACUAAAUUCUAAUUUUCUACAAUAUGCAUGACAAUUCUGGAUAUAUAUGCCCCUGGAGUCUGAA